AGCAAGUAGGUGUGUUUCUAGUUCCCUUCGCGAACGAUAUGUUUGGCGAAGGUAAGGCUCAGCCUUGGAUUUUAGUGCUUUUUGAUUCAUAAGUAGAAAGAUAGUUACGCGUUCCUAGCAUUCCCCGCCCGUUGUAGUUUCGGAACCAUUUUUCACCCUUGUUGCUUCCGACCGCAUUUUUUCCAUAGUAGAACCACAAAAGAGUAUCAAAAUGAAACCACUCGCUCCAGCCCUCUUCUCGCCUCUCGUUUUGCUCCUCACCACCAGCAUUUUUGCUCCUCCUUCCCUAGCCCUGGACCCGCCCCCCGCAGCAGAUCCGGCGGCGGAGCAAGUUUACAAAUGGCUGAAAGAGGACCCAAAAUGCGACCACGACGACCCAAUGUGGAAGGAAUUGCGGCACAUGCUCACUUUGCCGGACGAUUACAUCCAGGCAAACAUGUAUUGCGGGAAAAAAGUUUCUCAGUCUCGAGCCUGCACAGAAUUUGAAUUAAUAUAUGAGACACCAAAGUCGGGCAGCAUGACAGGCGAAACCUGUCAUGCGUCAGACACAGAAAAACACACAUGAAGGACGCCUCCCUUGCAUGUCGAGCACGACAAGAAACUGUCUCAAAGAAUGUCCGCAUUACAAGUUGAGAUCACUGAGACCGUUUUUGCCUGCGAUAACAUGUACAAAGAGGCGGAAGAGCGCCUCGGCCCGGCGUUCACCGCGCAUUCGGACUGGAAGCGCAUGUACGGGGCGGAAAUGCUGGACCAGUCUAGGUAGGCAGUGCAAAAAGCGUCGCACAAGUACGAAUUGCGUUACAGAGUUCGCCAACAAUCUUGAAAAUAAAUCAACGCAGCUUGUCAUGCUGGGUCAGGUACCAAUAUGAGACUGACUGGGAAAAAAUGCAGUGCUGUUGUAAUUCUACUGCAAUUAGUACCAGUGCGAUAUGCUUAUUUCGCAUGGGAUAUCAGGGGUUAUUUUUCCAAGUUUGUCCAAUUCACGCUGGAGCCGCAGCCGGGCACCGGCGAAUACGUGGCCGGCGUGUCGGGUUCCCAAAUAUCGCGAUGCUACCUCGGCGUGGUCACGUUUUUUUACUACCUAGCCCGGUACAAGUGGUUCGCGCUGCUCGAUUUGGAGGCCGGGUUUCAAGUCUAUCGCAUUUUGGAGUCCCUGGUGAGACAGAUGCCCGCGGGGACGAUAAGUCGGUACUAAGGGUUUUGCGAUGCUUGCUAUUCAUCGUAUCAAGUGCCUCCGUUGGUUACCGACGUGGUAGAAGUGCAGGAAUUAUUUGCACAAUCUGGUGUAAGAAUCAAACCCUCGAACAAAUUGUGUCACUAAAUUGUAAAAAUCAAACCCUCGAACAAAGUGUGUCACUAAAUUUUUUUUUUCACGGUGGUAUGCUGCAUUUUUGAUAUCGAAAUUUUUCAACUUGUACAGCAUCCACGCUUGAGCGCAUAUUUUGUCACAAAAAACUAGUAUUUUUUCAUAUCACCGACCGCAAAGUGAAGAAAAGUUGAAUCACGACCUGUUUCUACUUUUGAAAGUAAGUAGCAAUCUUUUUUUCAAUCGCACCUCGCAGAAACUUAUAGGGUGUGACACGCGGCGAUCUGGUUUCUUUACAAAAACCAAGUGCUGCAAGUUGAUAAGACACAAACUUUUUUCUUCUGACUCGACUUAUCCAGCACCUACCCAGUCCCAUUCAAAAUACAGCUUCAACAACCUUUCGGAGAAAGACGCCGCACUAACCGAACUCUCUCCCAUUCCGGCGGAUGAGGACACGUACCACUGGCCGAUUACGGGGCAGAUGAUAGCGCGACAGGAGCAGCUGUUCGUCUCCGAGCUUGGAAAGGAUAUCCACAAAAAAGGAUGACCCACCGCCAUGCAUCAAUUUGUCAUGCAAAAGAAUAUGCAUCAAAUGCACGCAGUGUUUGUCAUGCAAAAUAACAUGGAUGGAAAUGGGUCACGUUUUUUCAUCUGGAUAAAGGAGAGGACAAUUCUUGACGAGGGCACUGGCACACGCGUUCCCAUCGGGAAUGCGUACAACGUGUGGCCGACGGACUCUCUAAACCCUAACACCCCAACCCCCGAUUUCGCGAACACUUGGGAGGUUUCCGCAGCGGAUGGAUCGAGUGGAAGCCAGAACAUCACGCUGCCCACACUGCAGUCUAGCUUCAAGGUUUUUGUGUACGACACAACCCCGAGCAGCAAUGCUUUCAUGCGAUCCGGCGGCUCGUAUUGUAGGCAAUUGGAGCAUAUGCAGUGCAAAAGAACAAGAAGCGUGCCAAGCCGUGCAAGUUGCAGUUUGACAUGACAGAUCUGUUUUCUUACCCUUGCCUUACUCGUACUUUAGUUAUUGCGCUCCUCUGCAUCACAUCAAACCGGUAGUAACGUUGAUCCGAAGUCGAUGCUUUUGCACUGCAUAGACCAGACCGGCGCGGAGGUCGAUCUGCACCACUGGUUUCUCGCCUGUCCGAACUGCCGAACGGAGGACCCCAAUGAAGCGGACUUCUUCUUUAUGGAAGUGCACAAGUCCCCCUCCCGCCCAUUUGUGUGUUGGCAUCAACAGCAUCACAAACACCAGUACAGGUGGACCCUGUGGAUGACAAGUUCAUGCGCCGAUUCUAGUACUGUUUCGAUUUCAUCAGUAAUUUGUCAUGCACACGGCGCCACAAGGAAGGUAGCAACUGGAUUUGGGCUUUUGCAUGACAAAUGAAGGGGAGGGGGAGUUGUGGGCUGUCAUAUUCUUCGUGCCGCAGUAUUCCGCCUGCGAGUGGGAAGUUUUACGAGCAGACAAGGAGCAUGAAGUAUCGGAGGCGAAAUUUGUCGAGGACUUCAAACAAUUUGUGGAAGAUAAGGAGUUACUACCUUACUUCAAAAGAUCCAACGGCCGUGACCACGUGUUUGCGCUGACGGGGAAGUUAGCUUCCGGCUUUCCGCUGGAAAGGAUCGCGAAGGAGGUUGUCAGCGAGUCCAUAUUGCUUUUCACGGAAGGCGGGAGCCACUUCUCCUUUUCAAAAGACAUCAUGAUUCCGGGCCGAGAAAGCUUGGGGCUGUUAGUGGAGCAGUUCGCGGUAACAUAAGUGGUUGUGUUUCACUUUCAUCUUGUGAAAAAAUAAAGUAGUACUUUAUUUUUUCACAAAGCAAGUGUAAAAAUUUGCUCUAGUACGUUGCACUUGCAGGAUGUAAGUACUUCGUUUUUGCACUAGUACCUACUCUUCAUGUAAUGACACAUCAGCUCUCCCGCGCUCCCGCAGACGUUCCCAUUCCAAGCGCUAUGCUCCGUCUGGACCAGGACGACGCGCUCCGGUUCACCUGGACCGGGCGCCCCUUCGUUGGGGCCUCUUUUGCAGGUGCGGCUGGCGGCAGAGCAUAUCCUGUGCAAAAGUAAUAUCGUACUCGUAGUAAUCGCAGUUAUGCAUUACAAAUCUAGUUGGUUAGGUAAAUCCGCAUUACAGAUUUAAUUUGUAAUGCUGAGUCAAUUUGUAUUGCGAUUUGUACUAGUACUUACGAUACAUUUACAGUGCAUAGAGCAGAUUCUUCGGCAAUAACGGAGUUCGGCCAGACGGGCCUACUAGAGUGGAUGACGACUUGGGAAAAAGCAGGAAAACCGACGGAGGGAAGGGAAUCGUUCGGCGACAUGAAAAUUCCCGAGGCGAGACCGGUAUGAGUAAUUGCAGUUGGAACUUCUCCUGCUUCAACAUCUGUCUCAUCUUGCGUAUUCUAUUGCUCCACCACUUGAGGUGUCGUGACAGACACAGAGUCAGCAUUUUUGUACACAGAUUUCUUGCAUCACAAAGUCAACUCUACUAGCCUCAUCUUCUAGAAGAGCUCCCACAUACUAUAGAAAUAUCAAACAAGACCCACUGAACUAUGCAAAAAGACAUCUACCACUACCACAUCAGAGCGACAAAGCGGAGCUUCUUCUAGAGACCCGAAAAUCCCAGUUCUGCUACUUGACCAAUCCUCCGGUCGACGUGUCCAGGUCCCUCUUCGCGGGCUGUAUUCCAAUCUUCAUCAAAAACAGUUUUGAGAUCCCGUAUCAGCAAUUCUUGGCAAGCAAGGUGAACCAACUCCCGCUGUUUUCCCAGAUGAACGUCGAUGGGAAAACCGCACAGCAGAAAGUCGCACCCGUCACGGAGUCCAUCAAUUGGUUCGUAAAAUGGCCGGAAGGAAAGGUCACGCGCGAUCUGGCGACAUAUUCUAGGCAGUUUACGCAGAAGCAGGCGGAGAACAUGUUGAAGAACUUAGAGAAAGUCAGAUGCUGGUACAAAGAAUUGCUUGCAGCUACUUGAUGUUGUGCUAUCUUGCAUCACAAAUCAAAAAAUCUUUUUCUUUUCAUUUUUCCUAAAUCCAAAUUAUGAAUGAUUCAGGUACGUCUACCCGCCAUCAAUUCUGUCCACGGAUUUUAUGCCGGCUCGGCUAAAAAAGAUGUGCCCGAAUUGGCGAACCGAAAACGCGUUGAUGGGCAUGCACGCGGUUUUGGCGGAAAAGAAGUCGUCCGUGAACAAGCUAGCUCCGAAUGCGUUUCCUUUAACAAAUCCGCGAUCUGGGACGGUCAAUUUGGUCGACCAUAUUGCAAGAAAAAACUGUUUCACUGUGAACUUGUGAUGCAGGAAAUGAAACACAACGCUGUCUGUCUUGCUACACAUGCAAGACGUAGGAUUUUCAAGCGUGUUUUGACUUGGGAAGCGCGCAUGGCAAAGUUUCGUUGUCACGUGUAGCAAACUUGUGAUGCAGAUCUUGCAAAAUCAUCACAGUGAAACACUUUUUUCUCACGAUAGGCCAGGGGUUCAAUUUAAUCCAGCGGUAUUACACGAUGAAGCAAUAGUUGGUGGAAUGGGAAUGUUAACAUUAAGAUUAACUUCGAUGAAUGUACUUCGCAUUUUUAUCUGCAGACAGCGGAAGCAUAGAGUUAGAAACUGGAGAAAUGAACGCGCGCAAACGGUAGAAAGGAAGAAGCCCAAGCCGUGGUGGUUGCGAGUAACUUUUUGAAACGAAAUGGUAAAAACCAAAUCGCACACGGCCUGAUGUUUCACGAAUAAAUGUCCCUGAUGAAUUUACUAUAGCUUUAUUUGCUGAUGACACGGAACAAGAAGGAGCAAAGUGAACGAUUAGAAACCACGAGACUAGUUUCGACUUCUUGUGUAGUUGCUAAGUGAGUAGCUACAACUGCAU